AAGCUCGCGAUCCGCUAGAAACGUGCAUCUUUGCACUAGUGUAGUGCUAUCCCAAACGGGAACCCUUUUAUCACGGAGCUCUAGUUGGUAAAGCAGCCCCAGUUUCACUCCCACCCUGAGCACAACGAACAACACGAUGACGGACACCAUUUACACGUCGUCCUACCCGUCUGUCCCUAUCUGUCGUCGUUCUAUCUUCACUCAUAUUCUUGGUGUCUCCCCGUCUUCUCCAGGCACAGUCGGUGGCUUCCCUGCCUCAUCUCCCGCGUUCAUAGAUGCCCUUUCCGGUACAACAAUUUCUCGAGGAAAACUUCGCUCAUAUGCUCUUCAGUUUGCAUUCUCUCUUCACAAUCUUCCAUCACCGUUGGAGAACCGCACAAAGACAGUACUCAUUUUCUCUCCCAAUUCAAUCACAUGGCCUGUCAUGAUGCUUGGCGCGGUGGCCGCUGGCUUCAGCGCGACGCUUGCAAACAGCGCAUACACGCCAGAUGAACUUAAAUAUCAAUACAUUGACGCAGGAGCUCAUCUGAUAUUCGUCCACCCUUCGCUGGUUGGCACAGCCCGGACUAUGCUAAGAUCCCUUGGGUGCUCUGAGCAGGACAUACGGAGCCGUGUCAUCGUGGCUGGAGCUCAUUGGGUCACGGGUGCUAAAGACGCAUCUGUCCCGGAUGCCGAGCUGAAAGGCCUUAUGACUAUAGCUCAAUUACUUGAACGCGGCGAGCUCAAAGAAGAAGUCAGCUUCGACGGCGAACGCUCAAAUGAAACCGUAUAUCUCUGUUACUCUUCUGGCACAACAGGUCAACCAAAGGGUGUCGAGACCACACAUUACAAUCUCAUAUCUGUCCUCGAGAUAAUCAAACCUGUCUGGCCUCAAUCCAAGCCAUGCCUUACUCCCUUCAUUCCUGAACAAGGCGGUGUAGACGUGCUCUUUGGGUGUCUGCCCUUUUACCACAUUUAUGGCGGAGUCAAGCUUCUCCAUAUGCCGUUAUUCCUAGGCGCACCUGCGGUUGUCAUGGCAGGGUUUGACCCCGAUGACUUCUGUGCCGCAAUCGCAAGAUACCGCGUGACGGUUGGCUUUGUAGUCCCUCCGAUGCUAGUAGUAUUUGCGAGACACCCAGCUAUUCAGAAACAUGACCUCACCUCCCUCGAGAUUCUCUUCUCAGGUGCCGCACCCCUUGGCGCUGAGCUUGUCUCAACCGUGAUGAAGCGCAUGAAAGGCAUUGGUGCAAAUGUGAAUAUUCCUCAAGGUUAUGGCCUUACAGAAACCUCACCGACGGUGUUCCUUCUCCCUAUUCCCGACGCCAGCAGUCAUAUCGGAGCGGCAGGAGUACUACUUCCAAACUUGGAGGUCAGGCUGGUUGGCGAGGCUGAAGGCGAAGCACACACGGAUAUCCCAGGCGCGGGUGAAGUAUGGGUGAGAGGGCCGACGAUCAUGAAGGGAUACCUGAACAACCCCAGCGCGACCGCUGAAGCUAUUACGCCUGAUGGGUGGUUCAAGACUGGUGACAUUGGUGUGCGGGACAAGGAUGGGUUUUUCACAAUUGUGGACCGGAGAAAGGAGUUGAUCAAAUAUAAGGGCUUCCAAGUCGCUCCCGCCGAGCUGGAGUCAGUGCUGUUGCAGCAUGCCGAGGUCGCAGACGCAGCCGUAAUUGGGAUUGAGAGUAAGGAGGAAGCAACGGAAUUGCCUCGCGCGUAUAUAACGCCCUCUCGCCCGCUUUCCUCUCAAGAAGCGUCUUCAUUCGCACUGGGCGUCCAAGACUGGGUUUCACGACGUGUGGCACCGCACAAACGGCUGAGAGGAGGGGUUGUCAUCAUCGACAAGGUGCCGAAAAGUGCUGCUGGAAAGAUCCUUCGUCGUGAACUUCGCGAGCGCGCGAAGACAGAUGUCGCGGAGGGACAACUGAUACCUCGUGCAAAGCUCUAGUCCUAGAAUGGGGUGACCGACGCCACUGCUUGCGGGGCAGGGCGAACCUAUGAUACCAAAGGGCUCUAGAGAAUGCCCAUUUAGCGCUGCUGCUAACUUACAGACUCCUUCGAAUCUUUAUUGUAUGUUUAUCAUUGGUUUUUACUGCUGGCGCUCGAGUACAUUAUAUCAUCACGUAUAUACAACCUCUAGCUCGUCUUUGCUCAUGUGGAAGUACUUGUGUUUUCGUUC